AUACAAAUAUCAUAGAGUUCUUUACUUUUAUCUUAAUUUGCACUAAAAGAAAAAAUUGUUAUAUUCAAGCAUUAUGGUGUCUCUAACUAGGAACCUCAUUUUUGUAUUUUUGUGUGUUUUAUUGGGCUUUGUUUGCUGUAGCAAUGCUCAAUUGUCGGCCAAUUUUUAUGGGACAUCGUGCCGUAAUCUGCAGACAAUUGUAAGCAAUGCAAUGAGACAAGCUGUGAAUAGAGAGACAAGACUUGGUGCCUCUAUUCUUCGUUUGUUCUUCCAUGAUUGCUUUGUCAAUGGGUGCGAUGCAUCAAUAUUACUGGAUGACACAUCAACAUUUACGGGAGAAAAGAAUGCAAACCCAAACAGGAACUCAGCAAGAGGAUAUGAAGUGAUAGAUACCAUUAAAACUCAAGUUGAAGCUGCAUGUCCUAAUAUUGUCUCUUGUGCUGACAUCCUUGCUCUUGCUGCCCGAGAAGGCACUGUGUUGCUAGGAGGGCCAUCAUGGGCAGUGCCAUUGGGCCGUAGAGACGCAAGGACCGCAAGCCAAAGCGCCGCCAACACCCAAAUCCCCGCACCAACUUCCAGCCUUUCAACUUUGAUCUCCAUGUUCUCUGCCAAAGGCCUAAAUGCCCGUGACAUGACGGCACUCUCUGGAAGCCACACGAUUGGCCAAGCCCGCUGCACCACUUUCAGAAACCGGAUCUACAACGACACCAACAUCGACUCGCAAUUCGCCGCCACGCGCAGGGCUACAUGCCCUGCUUCUGGCGGCGACGCCAAUUUGGCCCCAUUGGAUAUCCAGACGCCGAACCGGUUCGAUAACGAUUAUUAUCAGAACCUAGUUGUUCGGCGUGGGUUGCUUCACUCGGAUCAGGAAUUGUUCAACGGUGGAUCUCAGGAUGCGUUGGUGAGGAGUUAUAGUACAAAUGAUGCGAGUUUUAGAAAUGAUUUUGCUGCAGCAAUGGUGAAGAUGGGGAAUAUUAGUCCACUAACUGGAACUAAUGGAGAGAUUAGAAGAAACUGCAGGGCUAUUAAUUAAUUAACUAAAUUAUUCUAGUAAUUAAAAUGGUCAUAUAUAGACUUUGAUUACUAGUAACUAGUAUACCUUGUAGUACUCUUUCUCAAUUAAAGUGUCUUAGUCUGACUAGACACAUAAUUUAAGAAAUAAAAGGAAAUUUUUGAAUGAUAUUAAAUUAAAGUUAUGUAUGUU